AUGGUGCUACGAUUCAAAGGAUUGCACCGCGGAGCAGCCCGGGUACCCGUGUUUCGAUUUGCGCAGCUGGCGACUGGCUGCCGCUCUCCGCGGCCACCGCAGUGCCUGUCCAGCGCUGCUGGACUUGCUGGGCUGCACCAGCGCUGCUUUCAUACGACCGUCCUGUCGAGACAGCGCGGCACUCCGUUGCACCACGUGAGGCAGACUUUUCGCAACACCCCUGGGAUGAUGCAUCCGCGGUGCCGCGCUCCGAGCGACAAUACAUACAGGCAGCGAGCCGCUUUCGCCACGCUAUUCGAAACUCCGAAAAGACUUGUGCACGGGGAUGUCAGCGCUACCCCAACACCCACGAUAGCACCAGGGUCGAUUCGUCUAGCGAGCGAUCUCGAAAGGGAUUCGAAGGUUCUUGUCUAUAGAUCACUGCAUCGUUUCGAGCCGUCCUGUUUUGCUUCGGUAUCCAGGGCGCUCUUGGAUGCACCCUUUAGACCGGACGUUAUCCACCGGGUGGUGCUCUACCAACGGGCCGCACAACGUCGAGGGACAGCGCAUACCAAGACAAGAGCAGAAGUGUCCGGGUCUGGUCGAAAACCUUGGGCACAGAAAGGCACCGGAAGGGCCCGCGCGGGAAGUCUCCGUGCACCUCAGUUUCGGGGCGGAGGUGUUGCGCACGGCCCACGCGCUGAUCGCAUAUGGGCUCAGAGACUACCCAAGAAGGUUCGCUGGCUCGGUUUGGCCUCUGCGCUUACACGACGUUUUCAAGAGGGACGUCUCUGGGUCCUGGAACGUUGGUGCAACGGGUCACCGCAAGAACAUGCACCCACAAACAUAUGUCUGGAUGUUUCGGAUUCAUCCGAUACGCGUUCGAACGCGUCCACGGCUGCCGCUGACUCGACGGAGGAUGCGCUAGCGGGGACUUCAACAACGAGACAUCUGCAGCCUUCGGUAGCUUUGGUACAUGCCGACCAGCUGGAACUCUUUCUGCGUGAGAGAGGAUGGCGCUCACUGCUCAUCAUUGGUGCUAGUCUCCGAGAUCGCUCUUCCGUCGAUGACGCAGACAACGCUCAAAGCGUCAAUAUCACAAAUAGAUCAAUCAGCUUUGCGGAUCUAGACCCUGGUACUGCUGAGGGUCUCUGGGACCUCUGCGGGCGACUGGGUCGCGAUAGCCUCUCAGAAUGGCACCAACUUGAACGAGCAGCGAGAAACCUGGAUGCGAAUGUUCUGUUGCGCACGUCACUAUCCGUGGGCGUGUACGACCUUGUGCGUUACCCGCACAUCCUCAUCACCGUGAAUGCCUUGCGCGAACUGGAGUUGCGAAUACGGGGUCAGUCUCGAGUGCUUGUCCAGGCAAUGCGACUGGGCUCCCUGCGGUACGCGCUUCAACCGAGUUUGCGACAGGGAUCGGUUGGAAAACCUUAG